UAAGACAAAUUUAUACUUAAAUGGAGAUUAGUCACUUUGUAAUCUCGAAUUGUUGUAAUUGAAUUCCGAUUUGGGGGAAAAAAAGUGUGGUUCUGGACAGUGCCCAAAUGUUCUUGUUUCAUCUUUGAAUUUUAAGCAGCUCCUCGAUGAAGCUACGAAGCGAAAACAAUGGCAAAUUCAGAAGCAACUUCUUCAAUACAAAUCCAAGAAGACAAUAUGGACAUUGCCCUUUUCUACUCUCCAAGCAAUUUCGCUACUUAAAACCCUAAAUCCCAACGUGGGUCUGUCGUCUGUGUGUUCUUGCCUCAAAAUUAAUCUCAAAGUUAUCCUUUCAGAUACUAAUAACUGUAAGGCGAAUUGGGUUGUGCUACAUACUGACAACAUCAAAAUUUUCAGCUUAAUUGGACUAUGAAGCCUAACCCUAUCUUUGAAAUACAUGAAAUGGCUGCACCACCAUGAGUAUUGGUUCAAUCAGUAUUUGUACAAGGAAUGCUGUCCCUCUGAACUUGCGCAUUUACACACAGAUGGGCAGCAACAUCUGUACAGUGCUAUCCCGGAGAACAUCAACUUCAUGCUGUUCCUAUGGAAUUUCAAGACCAAAGUAUGCCGAUCAAUCCGUCACCACAAUAUCAUCUUGUUCACCAAAUACUAGCCAAAGAUUUCAGGGAGGCUGUCUCAGUACUUGCUUCUCCAGACGGUCAAUUGACUUUCAAGCUUUUACAGUUAAAGAUUUGAUCACCGAUAGAGGAUCACCUGGUAGAGAAGUUGAAAUUUCACUGGCAUGUAAAGGUAUGAAUGUGAAGCUCUCAAUCCCCAAUGAUGGGACAUUUAGCAAAAUCAAAUAUAACAUGCGAUGGCCAGAAAGAUGGGCAUCUGCUGGCUUAGUUUUUGGGUGGGUGGUUUGUUAUUCAACUUCUGAACCAGUCCAUGCUGAAGCAGCUUAUGAAAAAGAUGAUAAUGAAGAAAACUCUGAUUCAUCUCAUGUCAAACUCUCUCAUGGAAAAAAGGUUUACACCGACUACUCGGUUAUCGGAAUUCCUGGAGAUGGAAGAUGUUUGUUCCGGUCAGUCGCUCAUGGUGCUUGUUUGAGAUCUGGGAAACCAGCUCCAAGUGAGAGCCUUCAGAGAGAUUUAGCAGACGAAUUGCGGUCCAAUGUUGCAGAUGAGUUCAUCAAGAGACGUGAGGAAACAGAAUGGUUUGUUGAAGGCGAUUUCGAUACGUACGUGUCAAAUAUGCGAAAACCACACGUGUGGGGAGGGGAGCCGGAGUUGUUCAUGGCUUCACAUGUUCUUCAGGCACCUAUCAUAGUGUACAUGUACGAUAAAGAUUCUGGUGGGUUGAUUUCCAUUGCUGAAUAUGGCGAUGAAUAUGGCAAAGAAAAUCCAAUCAGAGUUCUGUACCAUGGUUUUGGCCAUUACGAUGCUUUGCAAAUUCCUGCUAAUCAAGGAGUAGGUAGAUCUAAACUUUAGUCUUCUAAAUUAAUUAUUUCUCAAUCAAAUUACAUUCUCUUUUAUUCUAUUUAAUAAAUUUCUCUCAUUCCCACUUAGAA